AUGGUCAUUGUAAACAAGGUUAUCCCGGCUCUUGCAGGCCUGGCUUCCAUUGCCUGCGCUGCUCCCACCGCGGGAAAAUACUCCGUCAAGCAGGUUGCCCGUCCUGCUACCAAGACCACCAACUUUGCGUCUCAGUAUGCUCGUGCUCUUACAAAGUUUGGCGCAACUGUGCCAUCCAAUGUCCAGGCCGCCGCCGUUGCCAGCGGUGUGGCUACAAACACUCCCUCCACUGAUGAUGAGGAGUACCUGACACCUGUCAAUGUGGGAGGCACUACCCUGCAGCUUGACUUUGAUACUGGAUCAUCUGAUCUCUGGGUCUUCUCUUCCGAGCUGCCAUCUUCUGAACGGUCCGGUCACUCUUACUACACUCCAGGCUCGAGUGCCACUCAGAUGUCCGGCUAUACUUGGGACAUCUCUUACGGUGACGGUAGCUCUGCUAGCGGCAAUGUUUACAAGGACAAGGUCAUUGUUGGUGGCAUCACUGUCUCUAGCCAGGCUGUCGAAGCCGCUAAGAAAAUUAGCUCUGAAUUUGUCCAAGAUACCAACGAUGGCCUCCUGGGUCUGGGUUUUGACUCAAUCAACACCGUCUCGCCCAAGGCUCAGAAGACCUGGUUCUCCAACGCCCAGUCUCAGCUGGCUGAGCCUCUCUUCGGUGUUGCCCUGAAGCACGGCGAACCCGGUGUCUUCGACUUUGGUUUCACUGACUCCUCCAAGUACACUGGUUCUCUCAUCUACACCGAUGUUGAUUCCUCGGAAGGCUACUGGGGCUUCUCGGUUGAUGGCUGGAGCGCUGGUAGUGCUUCUGGUGCCGGUUUCUCCGGUAUUGCCGACACUGGCACUACUCUUCUGCUUCUUGCCGAUGACACUGUCUCCUCUUACUAUGAUCAGGUUUCCGGUGCUUCGUACAGCAGCUCCGAGGGCGGCUAUGUCUUUGACUGCUCAGCUGAUCUCCCGGAUUUCAGCGUCACCAUUGGCAGCUACACCGCCACCGUCUCUGGCAGUCUGAUCAACUAUGCGUCCGUUGGUGGCGGCUCUUGCAUUGGUGGUAUCCAGUCUAACUCGGGUAUUGGCUUCUCUAUCUUUGGUGAUAUCUUCCUGAAGAGCCAAUAUGUUGUUUUUGAUGCCAGCGGUCCCCAGCUUGGUUUUGCCCCUCAGGCGUAA